GGUGUAAAGGAAUUCAUUAGCCAUGGAUGUAUUCAUGAAAGGACUUUCAAAGGCCAAGGAGGGAGUCGUGGCCGCUGCUGAAAAAACCAAGCAGGGUGUAGCAGAAGCAGCAGAAAAGACAAAAGAGGGUGUUCUCUACGUAGGAUCCAAAACUAAGGAAGGAGUGGUUCAUGGUGUGACAACAGUGGCUGAGAAGACCAAAGAGCAAGUGACAAAUGUUGGAGAGGCAGUGGUGACAGGGGUGACUGCAGUAGCACAGAAAACAGUGGAAGGAGCAGGGAGCAUUGCAGCUGCCACUGGCUUUGGCAAAAAGGAUCAGCUGGGCAAGAGUGAAGGAGCCUCCCAGGAAGGAAUUCUGGAAGAUACACCUGUGGAUCCUGACAAUGAGGCUUAUGAAAUGCCUUCUGAGGAAGGGUAUCAGGAUUACGAACCUGAAGCCUAAGAAAUAUCUUUGCUCCCAGUUUCCUGAGAUCUGCUGACAGAUGUACCACCCUGUACCAGUGCUCAGUUCCAACGUGCCCAGUCAUGACAUUUUCUCAGAGUUUUCAGUGUGUCUUGAAGUCUUCCAUCAGCAGUGAUUGGCGCAUCUGUACCUGCCCCAACUCAGCAUUUCGGUGCUUCCCUCCCACCUAAUAUAUGAUAGCAGGGUCUCUGUGUGCUGUGGAUACUGUGGCUUCAAAUCGAAAGUGUUAAAUUAAAUUAAAAACACCCAAGUGACGGCCACUUAUUUCUAAAUCGCCACUAAGUUUUUGUUGCUGAUGUUGAAAAAUUGUGAGUGAUUUACUAUAAUAUAUUAUUAGAUUUUCAGGUGUCUUUUAAUGAUUCUAAAUAUAUUGAUGUAUUGUGAAAUUUAAUACAUAUAAUACUUAAAUACGUGAGCAUGAAACUAUGCACCUAUAAAUAUUAACUAUAAAAUGUUAGUUUUGUGAUGUGUUUUAUCUUGUGUUUGUAUAUAAAUGGUGAAAAUUAAAAUAAAAUGUUCUCAUUACAAAAAUCUUA